CUUGCCAUAGGGGGGCACCACUGGAAGAAUUACAGGCCCGAAAAUUGCGAUCCCGCAGUUGGUCUUGAAAGAAUGUGGUAUGAGGACGUAUCGUGAUCGUACGUGCGAGAUUCGAGUUGUUCCGUAGUGAUUGCGCUUAUACCGAUGCCUGUAACGCUAAUAAUUCAUAAUCUCCGAUCAAAGUGACGGAUAACGCGUAACAUUGAGGGGCACCUAAGCCUAUAUACGGGAAUAUACGUGACAGUGGCAAUUAUAUAUCCGUGACUUCGGUGCGUACGUACAGAUCCACGAAAGCAUAGCGAUCGGCAAGAAAAGUGCGUGUACGUGAGUGAAUAGAGUGGCUGAACCCUGAUCCCCGCGCCCUUUCUAAAUCAUUGACAGUAGCGGUCGUGAUUUCCUGCGAACGGUUUGACCGAUGACGUGCCCUGGACCAGUCGACGAGGAUACAAAAGCAUUGCAUGCUGGCUAUUAGGACAAGAAACAAGCCACUAUAUCGUUACAUUUCAACCUUCGAGGUGGGCUGCAGCGACGAGACUGUGGACGUCCCUAGAUUGGCGAUGAAAAUUGAAACGUCUCAGGACAUGACGUAAUUAUUAUCGACCAAAGCGUAGGGAAAACAGCAACCAUGAAGAAGAAUCUUGCGCCGUAGUCGCAAUCUGCGAUGUUAGUCACACAGACACCCUCCUCGACGGACACUCUGCCGAAUAUGUUGUCGGUACUCGAGGAGGAGGCGAACGUCGACGCCGACGACCCGUUUCCGCCGCACGUUGACACGACGAACAUCGUCGUACAACCAGAGUCACCCACCAGCAAGAAGCAAGCAUUGAAGACCUUCAACGAGGUCAAUGCGCUGCUCCAGGCUGGCAGAAAGAGGGAGGCUAAGCUGAUCAUAAGGGAGAAUGCGUGGCCAUUGUACAACGGGAUCAGGGCGCAACUUUGGCCAGCUCUUUGCAACCAGCAUGCUCACGGCAAAAAUAUGCUCGAUGGAUUCUACUGGGACAUGGUUAACCAAGUGUUCGGCACCACAGAACUGCCGGAAAAAUCAAUCAUGCUACCGCCGUUCGUGGAUAGCACCCAUUGCCUGUCGUAUCACUUGACGAGAAAAGGCAGGAGCGUCGCGGACAGGGUUGUCUCUGUGCUUGGAUACGCUUGUCCCGACAUCACCUACAGCCCUUCUCUUUAUCCCAUCACGGCUCUUCUUCUUCACUUCAUGCCAGAGGAGGAAUGUUAUCAUUGCAUGGCCAGCUUGGUCGCGGCUAAAGACAAGAUGUUCAUUACGCAAACCAAGCUUCUCUACGAGGUCACCUGGAAGACUGUAGAACAAAUCACCAAGAAGCACGUGAAAUCGGCCGCAGUGCAUCUAGCAAGGCAUUGCUCUGGCUCCAGAGCAGAGAGGAUUUACAUGGAUUGGAUUUGGUGGAUUCUGCAGCUCCUUCCUUUCCAGCAUCUAGUCAGGGUUAUGGACUGUUUUCUUCACGAAGGCAUUAAGGUCUUCUACCGAGUAGCGAUGGCUAUAGUUUUAUUAUUUUACAAACACUCGUCGUUGCAAAACUCCGAGUGGAUGAAUGAAAUUUCCAAGAACGGUAUUGAUGCCGCUCUUUCGAAAUUCUGCAGGCAAAUACCGGUAACACCAGCUAAGUUUUUACGUACCGCGUUUGGAAUACGUGGCCUCAGCUCAGCGUACAUAUCAAGGGUAUUUUUGCGCACAGAAAUGGCUCUCAAAAGUAGAAGCGUUUUAACCGGCUCCAGAUCACUAGCUAGAUCGCGAUCCACGGACAAUCUACCGACGAGUCAGUCUCAAGUCAACAUUCAGAUGAUGUCGCACACGCUCACCAUACGAGAAAAAGAGUGUGAAGACACAUACAAAGACAGGGGUGCACACAGUCCUGGACCGCGUGCUCUGUCAAUGGGCGUUUAUCCCAUACAAAAUAUAUGCUCCCAGAUUCUAGACAUGUCUGAUUUAUUCACAUUAUGGUCCUGGCUACCUAUGAGGAUUACCAUGUACCAGCCAAUACUAUUAUACACGACUGAAGAACAUGGUUGUUCUUUGACAACAUUCUACGUGAGGGUAGAGCAACACGAACCAACAUUGCUAAUGAUCAAAACCUGCAAUAACGAAGUAUUUGGUGCCUACUGCUCUACAAGAUGGUGUGAACGCAAUUUGAAGAACGAUAAAGGACAAAGACAAGCUUAUUUUGGAACAGGUGAAACAUUCCUGUUUAGCUUAUAUCCUGAACGAGCAAAAUACCCUUGGGUAGGCAUGGAUUCCUCACACAAUGAUUCUAAGGUUCAUCAUUCAGCCGAGCUAUUCAUGGCAGCUGAUUCUAAAAUGAUAACAAUCGGUGGAGGAGAUGGACAAGCGAUCUGGAUGGAUGAAAAUAUAAGAUACGGUAAAACGGAUCGGUGCUCUACAUUCAAUAAUCCACCCCUUUGUGCCAGCGGCGACUUCGAGAUUAGAGUACUAGAAGUGUAUGGCUUUGCCGGUGCUUGAACACAAGACAGAACCGGGGUACUACGAUGUAUCAGUUUAUUUAAUUCCCUACUGCCAUUUAGCAACUCUCUUCUAUGUACACGGAGUUGUAUGCAUAUACAAAAGUAUCUUUGUAACGUAUAUGUGCAAAAUUAUCGCGCUGCUCACAACACGGUAUCCACAGUUCUUCAGUUCUGUCUAUAUUGAGUCUACAGACGAUGAAGUCAUGAACAGACUCCGUAUCGUCACAUGUUUCCAUUAAUUUUUCGAAUUGAUCAGUACUUCCUCUCGGAAUAAACAAAUCUUUAGCUUCAUAAUAUCGAUUCCGCUUCUUCUCAUUUAUUUGUGGGAGAAACGUUUCUGUACCUAGAUCCGUCUGUCAGUUGCAAACUCUACACUUCUAACAACUUUUCUAGUCUUUGGAUUCCUCUGGAAAUUAGCUCCAACGCUCAUAUUAAAUUCAUACUCUAAUUCCAAGGAACGUUUGAACGGGUUCUUUGAAGAUGUUUGACUCGGAUUCUUGUUCUUGUUUGUUUUAAUGACAACAGCUGGCAAAUCUAUAACUUCUUUAAUAACUUGCGUCUCAGGAAUUUCUUGAUAGCAUACAUUAAUACUUAUGUUUGCAAAUAGUUUUUGCGUCAAAAUUUGCCUGCAAAGCUAAAAGAACUAUUGCUUUGAAAUAUUCUGCAUCAAUCAAAGGCUACGUAGAUUUAUCUCUUAUGUUUUAUUAUAUGUUUUCUCGUUCGAUUUUAUGUCUCAACGUUCACUGCAAUGACUUUGUGUUCAUUUUGUCAUCGAUUUACUUCGAGCAAUAUAUUAUGGAUUACAAUUGACUCGCAACUGUAAUCCGCGACAUAUUGAACAUCGACAAUAAUCAACGUUGAGUCACCUUCAGUUUGUACAUAUGUAAGAAAAGAUUGGUUAUUUACAUGAAUACUUAUUAUUCAUUGGACCAGAUGCUAUCAUUAUAUAUUUCUGUAUAUACGUUCAUGGGUACAUGUAUCGUAGAAUUAUUUCACCGAGUCUAUUAAUUCGACAUCAAUACUCGUAUACAUGUGUUAAUGUCUUGCAAUGUUUGUUUACCUUAGUAUUGUUAUCGCCUAGCUUUAAUUAAUUGUUGAACGGAGGUGCAAGAGAACCGAAGGAACAAGUACUGUUCAUAUGUUACAUGUUAUGUCCGUCACGCGUUAAUCGUGUAUGUGUAUAUAUACUAUAUACAUACGUGAGGUUAAUCUCAUUUAAGUUCUUGUAAAUAAUAUACAUAGUGCCCCUUGCGUAGAUAGACGCGCGUAAAUAAUUUGUACGCGUAGCAACACGUAAUGUACAACGAGAUUGCGAACGGUGGAAAAUGACAUCAAACGAAAAAAGAUGGCAGGGGGCGAAUGGUACUUUGAAACAACGACAUUUUUUUAUUUUCUAUCGAUGUUUACGUUUAAAGAAACGAAGUGUUGGCAGAGUCUUGCGAUGGUUGGUCCUAUUUCUAUACCGCAUAACGAGAAGCCAUAGUUUUCACGUAGUAUUUUAAGGAUUUGUAUAUUUUAUAUAGCAUACGUAAAUUUAUGUCAAUAGUAGAUUAAACGGUAGUACAGAUUACAAAUAUGUGUACAGAGAAACAGUGCGGUUUUGCUUUCGAUAUAUAGAUAUAUAUUAUACAUACAUAUAUAUAUAUUUUCAUGUAACGCGUUAAUUUUUUGUCGACACUCUUCGGGCAUUCUGAGGAAGCGUAUUAGGCGUUAUUAUUGUUGUUAUCCUUCGUCUCUCUUUGUGAUCAAAUCUGUAUCGGUACACGGUACACGAUUAACUCUUAGAGUACCUGCUUCUGUGUUUAGUUUCUUGUUGUUAUUUCUUUUUUUUUCCUUUUUGAGUGAAAGCUAAAGAUAUGGAGAAUGAAACCGAGCGCGUGCGAGAAACUAAAGGUGUCGAUAUAAUAGGAUUCCUUGGUUGUGAUGUAGAAGUGGCUGGCACCACUUUCGUCCGGACGACAAUGCGUAUUAAUUAUAAUGUUUACGUAGAAAGAUCAUUAGGGAUGUGUGGGUACACGAGACACGGGUUCGGGUUGGUUUCGGAAAAAUUCUGGGGAAACCGAACGAAAAAAGGAAUCUUUUUAUGUACAAGAUUUCGAAAUUUCGAGAAUACAUUUGACUACGUCUAGUCAUAUUCGUGUGCAAGAAGAUACUUUUAUGCUCUCGUUCGAUCCUCCCUGAAUUUCUCUGAACCCGACCCUAAUCUCUGGGUACCCGACAUAUCGGAUUACCUCCACAUUCCUAAAGAUCAGGUAUCUUUCACCCCCCGUCACAUUAUCGACUGCAGAGUAUUGCGACAGGAAAAGCGUUGCAUCGACUCUUAUCACAGCUGCGUGUUAAUGUGAUGAAAGUAAUAGGACACUUAAGAGAACAAAGCCUAAAUAUCGCUCUGUACACCAGUUAAGUCACUUCUUUCACUUUCGCGUGCUGUAAUCUGUCAUCGUUAGUUCACAUUUCAUAUCGACUCUGUGUACAAUCGUUAGCGAUACAAACAAAAUGAACAAACGACGUAACAAAGAACAAUCAAUUCUAGAUACGACACUACGAACUCAAUUCUAAAUGUAACAAGUUACGAUACUGGAUUUUAUGGUUGAAUCCUUUUAAACGAUCUACGUGUGCGUUAAUACACAUCCUCAACGAGUUAGCUCAUAGCGAAACCGUAGACGAGUUACAUUCGACGUUUUAUAAGUCUGUAAUAUUACUGUCGCGUUCAGCGUAACACUAGGGAAAGAAAAAGGGAACAUUACUGAUCUCACUGGGAAGCACCCUCACGGGGUAGCCGUUGAAUGUAUCUGUUUUACAUUAUCAGAAAUUUAUGUGAAAACAGUGGAGUGAAGUUACCCGUUUUCUUAGUAUCUUUUGCAAGAUACUCAUCCAUAUAUACGUUAGAAAGAGCAAAAAAUGUAUAUCGGCCAGAAGUAUGAACUAUGAAACACAUUUACAAAAUGGAACCAAGAGAAAUUGAGUGGUUAACGGGGUUUAAGUUUGCGAAGACAGUGCGAGUAAAUGUGCAUUUUGUACAACGCGAGAAUAGUUAAAGAAAAGGAGAUUUGGCGUGCGUAGAGAGUUCCACACUUUAAAUUAUUGCAUUAUUAAUUUAUAUUUAUAUGAAUCAUCUGAAACAUUACCAUUUAAAUCAAAUUCUUUAUUUUCACGCUAUAUUGUCCUUUUCUUCGCCUAUUCUAGGACUCUUGUGGAGAACACUAUAUCAAGUGAUCGUAAACGCUGCUAGUAACGAUUAUUUUUCUUAAUGUUAUAGUCGUGUGAUAUGACUGAAUGAAUGGAUAUUUAUUUAUUGUAUACUCGUGAUCGAGAGAAAGAUGAUGAUAUGCUGAAAAUGGAAAGUAUUAUUGUUCAAAGUUUUUAACGUAGCACAGCAUAAAAUUCACGCUAGGAAGUAAUAUAUAUAUAUACAUAUAUAUUACAUAUAUACGUACAUGCAUACAUAAAUACAAAUACAUAUAAUAAUAUGCCUAUAAACGACGAAAAAUGAAAAUAAACGUAAUUGAAUGGAGUGUUUUCAAGCUUUCCGCAGUGUUGUUAUACUAUAUAUAAUAUAUAUACAUAUAUAUAUAUAUAUAUAUAUAUAUAUAUUGUAAGUUGUACCAUUUCCGAAAAGAAAUUGUUGCCUCUCGAUGCUACUUUAUCAUAUCAUCGUUGUGAAUAGAAUAUUGUUAUACACAAAUUUAUUGUCCCGUUUAUUCCUUCUAUUUUAAGAAGGAUAUCUCAUAUGACAUUCUUUAUUAUUAUAUAAAUAUAUUGCAUGUGACCCGAAGAAAACCAAUAUGUAAAACUAAAUUAUGAUGUAAAAUCUAUUUAAAAGUACCCUGAAAUCCUUAAAGUUGUCAUAAAUAAACAAAUUUUUUUUAUA